AUGAAGCUUAAACUAGCAAUAGUGCUGCUAAUAACAGUGAAGCUAGUGCAUCAUUUGAGCAGUGGCAACAUUAGAGUAGAGAGUACGCUGGUACACUGUCGUUCUCCUACGUUUCUUAUCUACGAGGAGCUGGUCACGGCGUAUCUGAAAGGGUUCCAUUCUAUAACAAUCAUGGUGGGAAGCGGCGUGGCGGAUAAUGCGGUUAUGGAGGCGAUCAAAUGCAAAUACGAUCAGUUGGUACAUUCUUCGUACAAACUGUACACAGUUGACAACUAUUUGAAGCUGGUGGACGAAGACCGUGCGAAUAAAGCGUAUGGCUAUCACCCUAAUCCUUACCCCUACUGGGAAGCAUUCCACUGUGAGGCCAACAAAUCGGUGACAACGGAGAAGCUUCUACCCGCGAUCGCUUUCCGGAAUCCGAUAGCGCGAGUCAUUCUGCUUAUACGUGGCCUAGCUAAGCACGAUAUGCUGCAGCUGUUCCGGGUGGCAUGGUUUGAGUAUAAGCUGCUCAACAUUCUGCUGCUCAGUCGUGUCGAUGCAAGGACACUGAUGGUGUGCCUGUUUAAUCCGUAUCUAACGGAACCGUCCGUACUGGAUGAUCGCAAUAUGUUUUGUCAUCGGCUGAGUGUUUUGGCCGAUGUAUUCAACUUCAACAAGCAGGUAAACCAAUUCAUCCGGGACCGGAUUCGUAAUCUGCAUCUAUACCCAUUAAAAGUUGCAAUCACCGAUGUGGAGUUAAUGUCAAAGGCAGUUCGUUUUCGAAACAAUUCCAUCUCCCAUUAUCAAUACCUAGACGGAGAGAUGGUUGAGAUAAUGCGGCAGCGAAUGAACUUUUCGAUCCAGUACAUUGAACUCAACUAUCAGGAAUCGGUCGGAUUUAUCACCUCCAAUGGUAGCCUCGGUGGUACGCUGGAUAUGAUUGAGCAUAAUACGAUCGAUCUGGCUGCGAACUCGCGAACCAUGAUGCAGCACCCGAUGCGAAAUCUGCAGUAUGUGCACUUUCUGUGCCCAAUCCGUUUGGUGUUCGUAGUUCCGAUCAACUUCUACGCCAAUCGCUUUAAACUGGUCUUCUUCCAUCGCUUUUCGUUGCAAAUGUACAUGACCAACAUUGGCCUCUCGCUGACGUUACCAUUGCUGCUGGUGGCUCUACUGCGCCGUAAGCUUUCGGUGGGUGCGUAUCUCAAGGAAGCCUUUCGCACUUUGGCCAUUUUGUUUGCGACGAGUGUGCGAUUACCGCGGGAUCACCAACGAAGGCUGGUACUGAUGGGCCUAAUGUUCUACAGCAUCGUCGCAUAUUCGGCCUGGCAGGGCGUAACGAUUAUCCAGCUGAACAAGGACGAGGAGAAACUACGCAACAUUCACACACUGGAGGAAUUGCUGGAGAGUUCGCUGCAGCUGCAAGCCAUCCUAAGCUUCGGCAAUGUCAUCCGAAGCAAGAUGUGGAACAGUACCGAUGUCCGCGGUAGACUGGCGGUCCGCAUCGAGGUACAAACGGUACCAUCGAACACAAGUAUCAUUCCGCUGGUGGCGGACAACCGGACGGUAGCUGUACCGAUCAUUGAGUACUUUACGGAAGUAGUAAAGUCGCGCUACUUUGAUCCGGUGCGGAAGGAAAGCAAACUGUACAUCAUUCCGCAGCCCUUCGUUGAGUACAUGACCGCCAUGGCAUUGCCUAAGAACUCGCCUCUCUUUGCCUCGAUCAGGCGCGUCACUAUGAAUUGCGUCGAGAACGGUAUCGUCCAUUAUCAGCUGUCACUCAUCCGCACCAAGGGUGUACUGUUGCAGAUUGCUCAAAAUCGCAACAAAACCAUGCGCCCCGAUUCGCAAACCCGUCAAGUGAAUCUCUUCAACAUGCGCAACGUGUUCUUCGUAUAUAUCGUCAUGAAUGGUUUGUCCAUUUUGGUGUUUUUCCUCGAGCUCCAUCGGUUCCGUACCGUGAGGCGGCUGCGGGAACAAAGACCAAGGAGACGAACCCAUCGAUCUCGAUCCAUCAUUUGGCCAUAUGUUGAGUGA